AUGGCCGCACCACAGCAAAUCCGUACCAAACUCACCGACCUGCUGAAGAUUCAGCAUCCCGUCAUUCUUGCCGGAAUGAACGUGGCUGCUGGGCCCAGGCUUGCUGCCGCCGUUACCAACGCUGGAGGUCUUGGUGUCAUCGGUGGUCUCGGAUACACACCAGAUAUGCUCCGUGAGCAGAUCGCUGAGCUCAAGGGAUACCUGACCGACAAGAACGCGCCCUUCGGUAUUGACCUGCUUCUUCCCCAGGUGGGAGGCAACGCUCGCAAGACCAACUACGACUACACAAAGGGCAAGUUGGGCGAGCUCGUCGAUGUCAUCAUCGAGUCCGGCGCCAAACUCUUCGUCUCCGCUGUUGGCGUGCCACCCAAGGCUGUCGUCGAGAAGCUGCACAAGGCGGGCGUUCUAUACAUGAACAUGAUCGGACACCCCAAGCACAUCCAAAAGUGCCUGGAUAUCGGUGUUGACAUCAUCUGCGCACAGGGAGGCGAGGGUGGAGGCCACACUGGAGAUGUCCCCACAUCCGUCUUCAUCCCAGCCGCAGUCAAGAUGGUUCAGGGCCACAAGUCGCCUUUGACCGGCGAGCAGGUCCAAGUCGUAGCUGCUGGCGGUAUCUACAGCGGCCAAUCCCUUGCUGCUAUGCUCGCCUUUGGCGCGACCGGUGUGUGGGUUGGAACACGCUUCAUCCUCUGCGAGGAGGCCGGUGCGCCAAAGGUUCACCAGGAAGCCGUCCGCACUGCUGGCUGGGACGACAACAUCCGCACAAUCAUCUUCACUGGACGACCCCUCCGUAUCCGCAACAACCCAUAUGUCAACAACUGGGAAGAGAACAGGCAACAAGAAAUCAAGGAGCUCACCAGCAAGGGCAUAAUACCCGUCGAGCACGAUCUCGAGAAGAUGGGCGACGACAUCGAUGAUGAGACCAUGGACAAUGCCCGACCCUUCCUCAUGGGCAAGGUUGCUGCCGUUGUCAAUGAGAAGAAGACCGCUAAGGAGAUUGUUGACGAGCUUGUCACUGAUGCUGUCAAGGCGCUCCAGGACGGAAACUCAUUGAUUGUUUCCAAGCCCAAGCUUUAG